AUGCCGCUGAAGCCGCAGCGUCCGCCAUGCUUUGACCCGAGUCAACGGGGUGGUCCUACCGUUCAGGCGUGGUUGUUCACGAUGAACGUUUUCUUCGACGCCAACUACGUCUCGGAGGAUACGGCGAAGAUUCGCUACGCCGUGUCGCUGCUGCGAGGACCCGCCAUGGAUUGGUGGCGCGUCAUCGUCACGAAGCCGAAUGACUACGCGACUCUACCGACACGGGAAGGACAAACCGGACCCUGGGCGCCGUCGUAUUUCGUGGAGGUGCCCCAAUAUCGCACGUGGGACGCGUGGUGCGCAGGUCUGCGUGCCCGAUUUGAGCCAAUUGCGGCUUCGAUCGCGGCGCGACAGAAGCUCCGCACUUGGCGCCAACUCGGUUCCGUCCAGGACUACACGAGCGGGUUUCUGGCGCUAUGCGAGCAAGUGGGCUAUAUGCGUGAGAGCGAGCGCGUCGACCGCUACAUCGGCGGCCUGAAGCACGACAUCGCUCAGGAAAUCCAGCUCCGCGGCGUCACCGACUUUCAGGAGAUUCUCGCUAUGGCGGAGAAGCUAGAUUUCUUCCGCCAACCGAGACCGGGGUCCUACGGCAGUAGCAGUAACUGGGGACAUCGGUCUCGUGGGACGAACGAGGGCGCUACGAUACGUGCCGUCGCCGCGAAUGCCGCUGCCGCACCGUUCAAAGGGCGCUGCUUCGCGUGCAAUCGGCCGGGACACCGCAAGAGCGAAUGCCCGGAAAACGCUAAGGGAAAGGGGGAAGCUGAGCAGCAGAAACAGACCAAGCAGCAGGGAAACGCUGGGAGUCAGUAG